AUUGUACAAUUCUGCUUUAAAAUAUUUGACUCGUUGGAUUUCUUUAUCACCCUGACUGACCCUCAUGGCGGCUAAGGACACUACUCUGGCUUCUCGCUCCCCUUCCCGCACGCCGAUUGUCAGGGACCCAUCGCCUCCUCGCUCGCUCUUUAGAUCGCUAAAUUCUUGCCCGAUUCUUCUGUAAUAUGCUAUGUAACAAUCUCCUCUCAGCGACACAAGAGUAUCCAUAGCUUCCGGCGAAGAGCAGUGACACAUAUAGAUACACACAUCUCAAAAUACCAUAAUCGAAUAGCCUAGUAGUUCUACAAAGCAGGCAAGAGAGAUAGAGGAUGGAGGUAAGAGCAAGAGCGCCGGCAAAAAUCAUUCUGGCCGGAGAACAUGCGGUGGUGCAUGGAUCCACUGCUGUGGCAGCCGCCAUCGAUCUUUAUACCUAUGUCUCUCUAAGCUUCCCUAUUCCCUCUGAAAAUGAUGAAACACUGAUACUCCAACUUAAGGAUGUUUCCUUAGAAUUUUCUUGGCCAGUUGCAAGAAUUAGAGAUGCUUUUCCAAAUCUUGAUAGUAGUGUUGCUUCCUCUCCUUCAUCAUGCUCAUUGGAGACACUUAAGUCAAUUGCUUCUUUGGUGGAAGAACAGAAAAUUUCUGAGGCCAAUAUUGGACUUGUGUCUGGUGUCUCAGCUUUCCUCUGGUUGUAUACCUCUAUUCAUGGAUGCAAACCAGCAAAAGCAGUUGUCCAUUCUGAGCUCCCAAUGGGAGCAGGUCUGGGAUCAUCUGCUGCCCUCUGUGUUGCAUUCUCAGCUGCCAUGCUCUCUUUGUCAGAUUCUGUUAGUAUGGAUUUCAGCCACCAAGCUUGGCAAGUAUUUAAAGACACUGAACUGCAAUUGGUAAACAAGUGGGCUUUUGAGGGCGAAAAGAUAAUCCAUGGGAAGCCAUCUGGGGUUGACAAUAGUGUAAGCACAUAUGGGAACUUGAUCAAAUUUAAGUCUGGUGAUUUGACACGCCUCAAGACUAACAUGCCAAUGAAAAUGCUAAUCACUAAUACAAGAGUUGGCAGAAAUACAAAGGCAUUAGUUGCUAGUGUCUCAGAGAGGACAUUGAGGCAUCCUAGUGCCAUGGCUUCUGUGUUUGAGGCUGUAGAUUCCAUUAGCAAUGAAGUAGCUACUAUUAUCCAGUCACCUGUUGGUGAUGAUCUUGCAAUAACUGAGAAGGAAGAAAAAUUGGGAGAGUUGAUGGAGAUGAACCAAGGGUUGCUACAGUGCAUGGGUGUAAGUCAUUCCUCAAUAGAAACUGUGCUUCGAACAACAGAGAAGUACAAAUUAUGCUCCAAAUUAAUUGGAGCUGGUGGUGGAGGUUGCGUUUUGACACUGCUACCAACUUUGCUAUCAGGAGCAGUUGUUGAUAAGGUGAUAGCUGAGUUAGAGACAUUUGGGUUCCAGUGUCUAAUUGCUGGAAUCGGUGGAAAUGGCGUCGAGGUUUCUUUCACUGGAUCUUCCUGAUGAUACAUACAUAUGCUGAUCGAGGCUUCAAUUUACCUUUGCAUCUCAAGAUUUGGUACGCCACAUCUAGUCUACAAUAUUAUAUACGGUUCUUUUCCAUGCUAAUGCUAUCUUCACAGUAGCUCCUGUUUGGGCUAAACUCCUACCCUUGUGUUUUUUCCCCCAAAUAUUCAAUUCUUCAAUUUGAAACCCAAUCUAAUAAUGUUUAAUGAGGAAUAUCAAGAACUUAUGAAGAAUUUUUAUUUUUUAUUUUCCAAAUUUGUUUG